AUGGAUCCUCAAGUCUACAGGGCUGCAAAGCUUGGUGACAUUACACUUCUCCAACAAGUAGUGAUUGAAGAUUCUAGCCGAUUGCUAAGAGUAACUCCAAAUGAGAACACAGCCCUUCACGUCUCAGUGAGUUUCGGUCACAUAGAGUUUGUGAAUGAAGUGUACUCUGCUCUUCUCCAACACAAUACAAGUUUAGAAGGCAACAUGGAAUACAACAGAAGCCUAUCUCUAAUCACACAGGUGAACUCAGAAGAAGAUACUGCCCUUCAUGUAGCAGCCAGAGAAGGGCACGCUUCCAUAGCUAAAUUUCUAAUUGAAAAGAUAAAGCCUUGGCCUUCGGGCCAUGAUGUCGAAAGUGGAAAUUAUAGUUCAGUUGUUCUUGAGAAACUAAGGAUGAGAAACAAGAGCUUUCACACAGCCCUGCACGAAGCUGUGAGUAGAAAUGACUUUGAGAUGGUAAAGUUGUUGACUGAGACUGAUCCUGAUUUAGGGCAUCCCAACUAUGAUGCUGAUCACGCAGAAGGAUGUGGGGAAUCUCCACUCUACUUGGCUGCCAGUGACGGAUGCUUGGAUAUUCUCAACCAAAUCUUUCUCAUUUGUCCAUCUCCAGCUCAUGGUGGACCACAUGGUCGGACAGCUUUACAUGUGGCCGUCGUUGAAAGGAGGCUAAGUGUGGUGAAAGUACUAUUGGAGAAGAUGGGUAAAAUACUUGUGGAUAAAGUAGAUAAGAAUGAAAGGACCGCUCUCCACUAUGCAGUAUCCGACGGUUCCUUCCAAAUAACACAUCGGUUAUUGCAAAGAAGAGGUAAGUCUUCCGGUGACCUCAAGAUAGUACAACAGUUGUUGAGGCAUAAUACUUCCAAUGCGUAUAAAUUGGAUAAAGAUGGUCUCUCACCACUUCACAUAACUGCUCUUGAAUCAAGCAUUCAGGUAUUUCGAGAACUCCUCAAAUGUUGUCCAGAUUCUGGGGAGUUGGUGGACAAAAAGGGUCGUAAUGUUCUUCACUUUGCUGUGAUGAGUAAGGAUUUCAAGAAAAUCAGUUUUGCCUUGAGGCAAGUAGAGCUUGAGGGACUGGUAAACAAGACAGAUGAUGACGGAAACACCCCAUUCCACCUUGCAGCAACACUUGGCUCUUUCAUGCUUAUGCGACAUUUGCUUUCAAUUAGAAGAGUUGACGUAAAAGCAACCAACAACAUGGGUCAGACAGCUGCUGAAAUUUUUCAAUUGACUCAAGAAGGAAACACAGCUUCGGUGUUGGAGAGGCUUUCAUUAUUUCCUCUAUCCGCUUUGUCUUUUUUCUCUCUCUCAAAAAUGCUAAGCUCACAUAUUAUUAUUAUGUGGGAGUCUAUAUCAGGUCCUGGUGCGAGAAUCAUUCUUGUAUAGUGUCUAAUUAACACAUUAAAUCCAUUUGUAUGUUCUCUUUUUUUUACAAUAGACUUUCACAUUGAGUGAAUUCCAUAGGUUAGAGAAUGGUUCUUGUAGGAAGGCCUGAUCCAAGCUUAUUAUG